UGGUGGAAUAAAACCCCGAAAAGAGCCUUUUACGUCUUUAAAAAUACUAGAAGAUAUGAGCAGCUUCUGCACUGGAUUUGGAUUAGUCUUGAUUUGGGGAGCAUUCCAGUCUGCAUUAGGGGCUGGAAAAGGAGAAUGCCCCACUCCCAAGACAAUUGGAUUUGCUGAGUACUUUGCAGAGUGGUAUGUCGUGGGGACGCGUUUACGGUAUGAAUGUCAGGCUGGUUUUAAGAGGCCAGCAGGCAAAGGCAACAAUAUUAACUGUGAGAAUCGAUCUGCCCAAGCUCAGUGGACCUGCCGUUCUCCUCCUGUUUGCACAGCCGCUUCGGAGUUGAUUCAUCGCUCUGCACGACAGCCUUCAGUCGGAGACUGUGAGGGAAGUUCCAACAGCUCCCAAACCCCAACUCAACAAAUGAUGAAAGGUGUAUGUGGAGUUCCCAAGCCACUCAAACAUGCCACAACCAAAGUGUUUAAAUAUGUAGUGGGACAAGAACUGCAAUACAGAUGUCUUGAUGGAUAUCGCGCAUGGACCCCCAUUUCUGAAGUCAUCACCUGUGAGGAUUCCAAUGGAAGAGUAGAAUGGUCCAAAUUAUCACUGCACUGUACAAAUGACAGCAGUAGUGUUCCAGAGGGGACAACCAAAACACUGCUCAGCUCAGAUUUCUACACAGUUCUUCCAGAUUUUGCCUCUUUGCCUCCAAACUACUCUUCAGCACCUGCAAGUGAGCAAGUAAUGAAAGCAUUUGUGUUCACUGCUGCUGUAAUGGCUGCUGUCAUCAUUUUAUAAGGAAUCCUCAUAAGAUGUUCAUGGUAAAGAUAUACAGCUGAAGAUUGCAAAAAGGCUGCGUAUCCAAUCUGAUGAAGUUGGUCUGUAUGCUUGCUAAACCAGAGAAAAACAUUUGGCCGUCGAAGGCGUCUGAUGCAUGACCCUACAUGUGCAUUGAUAUCUCCUCCAAGGUCCUGCUUGUUGUUCCUUCACCAUCCGAAUUACAGUGGGUAGCUAUACUAUGGGGCCUUUUCAAGAGUGGCACACAGUUGUAGAACUUUUUCUCUAUACACAUUCACUUUGCUUCUUCCAUAUUCACUCUUGCAUGUCAGGCUGUCCUCUCCUGCAAAAGAGUCCUUUUCCUGUUUUUCUUGAUUCAGUUGCUUUAUUAGUUCCUCUCAGUUUUUAAAAAUUUAGUGUUAUUUGUAUGAUUCUGUAUAUUUUAAUGCUUUCUUAGCUGUCUUAGAGAUUUGGAUUGAAAAGUAGGUUAUAAAUAUUUUAAUGGAUAAGUGAAUAAAGCUCCUGAGGGGAUAGUCCUGUCCAUCUGUCCUGGUGAAACAACAAAGAAUUGAGUCCCAGUGAUGUCCUAUUCCAAAGUGCUGGUGACCUUAACUGGAGGAGCUCUUGUAUACAUUUCAUGUAAUUUCAGUCCCACUUUUGGCCAGGAGGAAGCAGUGAUGAGGUUUUCAUUAUAGCCAUCAGCCAUUCAGGGUCAUUCUUGACUCGGUAAGAAAUUUUGUUCAGUUCAUUCUUCCCUUCAUUUUUAAAAUCAGUGGCCAGUAUGGGAGUUAAGUCUUCAUAAGUUGAUUUAUGUCUGAAGGAAUUAGAAUUGUGUAGUUUUGUAAUGUCUUUAUCCAUUAGAGGGCUGAUGUCAUGUUACAUAGAAUCACAGAGUUGGAAUAGACCCCAAGGGCCAUCCAGUCCAACCCCAUUCUGCCAUGCAGGA